AUAUUAGAAGAGAUAAUUUGAAUCCCGAUAAAGAAUUAUACUUAAAAAAAAAAAAUAAUAAAAGAAUGUAUCAUAUAUUUACGAACUAUGUUUGUGUCAUACAAAAAUUUAGAAAUAUAUAUUUUUUUUUAUCUAAUUACAUUAUUUAUUCGGAUUCGGCUAUUUAGGCUAUGUUGAUCAUGAAAACAACUGUGAUAUUAAACAAAAUUUGUUUAAUUACUAUAUUGAUUCAAACUAUUUUUAUUUACAACGUUCCUUUCUUUCUUAUGCGCUUUUAUUCGAAUUAUAUUUUAUCCAUCUUAUAUUCGAAUAUGGUUAAACUAUUUUGGAAAAUUAAAUCAAAGUCACGUGACCAUUGUUAAGAUAAUAACCAAUUAUGUUUCAAUCGCCAUGUUGUUCCCAUCCUUGACGUCAAGAUACUCGGCCUGUUUCAUCAUCCCAUUUUUCACAAUUUUCUUUAACAAACUAUCAUCCUUAAAACGAUACUUAUUAGUGAUAUUAUGAAUGACUCAGUGGAACAAUAGCAUAUACUAGAAUAUAUAUAAAAAUGUCUUCUAUUAAUGUAAAUGAAAUUCAAAUUUACGAGGACGAAAUCAAAGAAUAUGACAUUUUAAAAAAAAUCAUUACCACUUAUGACCAAGAAGAUGCAUUUUAUAUAUUAGAUCUCGGUAUUAUAAUGAAAAAGCAUCAAGAUUUGAUUGAAAAAAUGCCAAGAAUUGUACCAUACUACGCUAUAAAAUGUAAUUCUAAUCCAAUGGUGAUUAAGCUUCUGGCAGCUAUGAACGGGAGUUUUGACUGCGCAUCAAAGAAUAAUUAUUCGCUUCCGAUGCGACAGCAAUUCUUUUGCUAAAUACGUCAAACUUGGAAUCAAAUUUGGAUGUGAACCGGUUGAUGAAGCAAAAGAAUUAAUACAACUUACAAAGGAUCUAGAUUUAAUGUUAUA